AUGUUAAAGGUGCCACCACGCAUAUGUCCUGUCGACCCUGCAUAUAUCCUUCUAAUUAGGAUGGCAACAACAACAGGAAUAAUACUAGAAAUAAUAACUAUCAACGCUGCAGAUGCUAUUGUCCUCGUUUAUUUGAUUGAUCCUAUAAGAGAACUAAUUUGUAAUGUAUUGCUAACCUUAGGCGAGAGCGUUAACUACAACAAGUUCAUUGAUAUUAGACCACACAAAUUCUCGGGUUCAUCUCGAGGAAUCUUUGUUUAUGUUUUGUUUAUGUCUCGCGUUCAUCAGCUUUACCAUCAUUUUGUUGAUUCAUGUAUGCUCGCUUUAUCUUGGCAUAUCUGGUAUAAUUUUCCUGUGCUUAUCGAACCAAUUUCACACUCAGCAUUCAACUAUAAAUCUCUGUGCAUGGUCUUAUCAUCGUGUCAGUUUUGCCUAUUCAGGGUUUACCAAGUUGCCGUAACCCUCAAAAAACAUUUGGCGUUUGGAAUGGUGCCCCUGGGAGACUCGAUUUCUCACGAAAGUUCCUCUACGAUGUACUUGUACCGUUACGGUAACGGACGGAUGAGUGAACAAAUGAGUACGCUCUAA